UUACAUUCUUGUAUUAAACUCCGAAUUUAUAAAAAGAGAAUUAAAUUUAUUUCUAUAUAGUUGUUACAAUCGAAUGAUUGAAUUAUUUAGUCAAUAUAUUGAUUUAAAUAUUUAUAUUAUUUUAUUUGAUGAGAGAAGUUAAAGAAAAUUUUGACUAAUUUGAAAAAAUGUCUGCCGAUAAGCUGUAUCCAUAUGGCUUGCCUUUGGGGCAUAGGAGUUUAAGUCUUCCUACAGAAUAUGAUUAUCAUCAAGCAAUGGCUCAGCAUGCUGCUGCAGUAUCUGCAGGUAAUAGUUCUCUGCAUCCAGCAAUGUCUCAGAUCCCCAUGAUGCCUACAGGUUUGAAUCUCUCAAUGAAUUCUGGAAAUCAUUCUCUGGGUAGUGGAAUACAAUCUGGUGUUAGCAAUACGCAUCAUAUGUCACAUGUAGGCAACAUGAGUGGAGGAGGCAAGAUGAAAAAGAAGUUGAAAGUAAAUAAAGACGGUAUUCCUGCUCCUAAGCGGGCAACAACUGCCUAUAUAAAUUUCACUCAGUGGUAUAGAGAAGAUCAGAAAAGAAAUGGGAGACAAAUACCAAAGAUAGGUGAUUUUGGGAAAGAAUGUGCUACUAAAUGGAAUAGUAUGACUGGUGAAGAGAAGCAGCCAUUUCUUGAAGUAGCUGCUCGUGAUCGAGAACGUUAUAGAAAAGAAAUGUCUAUUUAUAAGCCUGCUCGUGAUGUAAACAAACCGAAACGUCCUGGCACAGCUUUUAUGCUGUUUAUGGCUGAUUUGAGAAAAGAAAUGGCUGGGAAAGAACCAGAAGGUGGAGUUGCUGCUUUAGCAAAAUUAGGUGGUGAACGCUGGAGAGCUAUGUCAGAUGAAGAAAAACGGAAAUAUGUGGAGAUGCAAAGUGAAGAAAAGAUACGUUAUGAAGCUGAUAUGGAAGAAUAUCGUAAAAAGCAAAGCAUUGCAAAUCUUCAACAAGCAAAUAAUCCUCCUCGCACUGAAGAACCUUCUAAUGAUGGUUCUGAUAGUCUAGAUUUGCCAGCUACAAAUACAUCACAGUUACCUCAAUUGUCUCAAGUUGCAUCUAAUUCAGGUUCAUCAACGCCAUCGCCUACAGAGACGCCUACCCCUGCAUCUCAGUCAAAUAGUGCUUCUCCACCACCACCUACACUCAGUCCAGGUCCAACUGACUCAUCUACUUCAGAAAGCCCUAAUAGUUCCAUGGCUGCUUUAUCCUCACUUACUAAUCCAAUGUCUUUAUCUCAUGCUAUGGCAAUGGGCUAUGCUCAGCAUACUCUUUCUAAUUUUGCACAUGCCAGUGGCAUGUUGAUGUCAAAUCCAAAUUAUAGCCAAAUGCAUAGUGCUAUGCCAUCAUCUGCUUAUCUUUCAUCGUCAAAUCCUAAUUAUAAUCAAGCUCAUAUGCAGGGACCAUAUAACUGGAACUGAAGAUUUUGAUUUAUAUGUGCAGUUAUUCUUUCAAGAAAUGUUGAAACAACAUCCUGUUUCUAUAUGCAUUUAUUAAGUUUUUAUUCUCUUCUUUUGUGGCUAUGCUUAUAUUAAAUUGUUAAAAAAUUGUUAUGUUAAAACUGGAUGUUUGUUGGUUAUGGAAAGUAUUUUGCACAUUUAGCAAAUUCUGUAUGAAAUUCAUAUAGCAAUACGAAUAAUUUUAUUUAAUCAAUUGAUUCAAUAGAUUGUAAUGUUAAUUAAUGUCAUCUACCUAUGUGUUAUUAAUUUAGAUUUUAUUGCCAUAUUUGUGUUUUAAAUUCUCAUUAGUUUGAAGAGAAAUAUAUUUGUCAUCAAAUCUUAUGAAACGUGUACAGUUGCAUUAGUUUACUAAUUUUUAAAAUAUUUGGAUUACUGAUUUGGAUUUCUAGUCAGAUAGCUGAUCAAAAUUUUGAAAAAAUUUUUACACCAUAAAUAAAAGGAAUGGCUGCUUUCUCCCCCCCCCAUACACUUUAUUAAAUUCAUGCUUUUAAAAGCUGUAUGGAAUUUUUUUAAUCUAAUACUUUAUUCCGUAAUUUGCAUUUUUGCAAUGACAUUUUUACAUAAAUUUUAUUUAAGGUACUAUUUGGAAUGUAAUUUGAGUCGUUUUCGUUAUCUAAUUUGAAAAUGCCUUUUUAUAUCGGAAAAAAUCUUUUUAAAUCAGCUGUGACUUUUUCUGAGUUUCGAAUAUAUGAAGCUAUAAUUAUUUUAGAAUUUAUAGGAAAUGAAAUAUAUGUAUUAAUAAAAAUAAUUUAUUUUGUACUGCCAUAUUUUCUAUAGCUGGUGUUCAUUUAAAUUGUUAUAUUUUUCUGGCAAUUUAUAACCAGUAGGUACCUUAUUUCAAAGCUGAUAAUACUAUUCAUAGAAUGGUGUGUAAAUCUCUUAAAAUUGCAUGGCAUGUGUUUCAUUAAUUCUACUGUAUUGUUUAUGUUAGAAAUAGCAUAAACUUGUAAAACUUGCCUUCAACUUGCAUAAUAUUUAGAUUUGAUUACUUGCACAAUGCAGAGGGUUUUUUUUCUUUCUAUUUUAAUUUUCAUUUAUCUGAAAGUACAAACUAGAGUGCAUUUAUAUAAUUUAUGAAUACUCAAAACUCAUAUUGUUCGUAACUCAAAAUAUUUUGAUGUGUGUUGUAGUAAAUUUUGAUAAGUGAUUUUUAAGGUUUGUUUCUACUCUGUAUUAGUUUCAGUAGCUUGUAUCGAAGCUUUCUUCCCCCUUUCAUCUGGGCUUCUUAGCUAGUUUCAUCUUUUAAUAGAAUUGGAUUAUGCAUAGUUUUUACUAAAUAUCAAAUCUUGAAACAGAUAAAAAUAAAUUCAUUCGCAAGUUUUUAUUGAAAUUUUGUGUAAUUCUUCAGGUUACUUAUGAUUUCUCAUAUAAAUAAAUAUAUCUAUUGGGGAUGGUUGGGCAUUUUUAGUAUCAUUUUUUUUCUUCCUUAUGAAUGAGAAUUUUGCAAUUGCAGUGAUUUCAGUUUUCUUGGUAAUAGUUUGCUGAAUGGCAUAUAGAAAUUUUUUGUAGUGUGGUAUUAUUUUUAAAAGUAUGUUAGAUAUUUAAUUUUAUUUUUAUAUUAAUAUAUGGGGGUUUUCUGCUUGAGUUAAAGCAGUUGCAACUUUUCAGUGUGAAAAUUAUUUCGAGUUUGUUUUAUUGCAAUGUUUUAAUUGGGGUUUUCUCCCUCUCAUUUUUUUACUGGAAGUAAUUACAUUUGGAAUCUCUAAAUUAGCUUAGCUGAUAUGUACUAAAAUUUAUAAGUUUUAUCUUAUUUUUGUUAUUUUAUUUCGUAAUUUAUUUUUAAAAAAUUCAGUUUCUUUCAUACAUUAAAAAUUUGGUCCUGCCAUUCUCUUGAAUCUCAGAAGAAACAUCAGCAUCUGUCUAAAUUGUUUUAAGGAUUAAUUUCGUUACGCUAAUUUAUUGUAAAUUAUUUUUUAAAUAUUUUUAGUGAUAAUAGUUUGUGAACAAUUAUUUUUUUCUUAAAUAAUUGUAGAACCAUUCAUGCCUCUUGUAUUAUAAAAAGGCUUCUUUGCCUACAGUUCGUGUUCUUCUCUCUUUAUUACCAUCUGCUUCUUAUACUUUACAGUUUAAGUAACGUAUACACUAGUAGUUAUUCAUAACAUUAAAAUUUUUCUGAUUAAAUUAAGGAAACACAUUUUAUUUAUUGGCUGCUUCUAUCUUGCUACUUUAUAAAUGAAGGAGUUAGCAUUAAUAUGGGUUUCGUUAUGUUCGCAUCCCAUUUUUAAAACAACAUAAACGCUAUUUCCGUUUUAAAAAAGUGAAACUGACGUACAGAUUGUCUACUGUAUUUUCUUAGAAAAUAUUAACUAAGACUUUCAUUUUAAAUUGGGGAAAAAUUAUUUUUAAUACCGUUUUAGGAAUAUAUUUAAUUUUUCUUUGAAUACUAAUAUUACUUUGAGGGUUUCUGUGUAUGAAAAUAGUUUCCUCAAAUUGUAUGCAAAGUUCAUCACCAUCAGAACUUUAGCAUUAUUAUCAUUUCUUCACGUAAGACUAAUUAAAUAAAAAUUCUGACAAUUGGUGAAGUGAAACUUAUAAAAAAAAUUAUGUUCACAUUACUCUACAGGAGGAGGAAGUCUUUCUGCUGUAAUGAUUUGAUUAGAAUAUCUGUUUCAUUGUUUAAUUUUUAUUUUCUUGUGUUAUAUAAAGAGUUUAUUUCCAUUAUUAGAUUGUAUCUAUUAAAAUCUAUGCUAAAUUUUGUCUUGUAUAUAUUUAUUGGAAUAUUCUGGGAUUCAAGAGUUUGUAUUUCAAGGAGUUAUUUUAAUGUCUGUAUUAAUGUGGAAGCAUACAUUUUUGUGAUAUUUACAUUAUUGUGUGUUUAAUGUUUUAAAAUAUGUGUGUAGAUGCAUCAUUUCUUUUUUAAAAAAAUGAAAAAUAUUUUGAUAUGUAUAUUAAAUAAAUAUUCACGAGUUUUUAUUACGUUACAAAAACUUCAAUAUGUAUACGAAUUUACAAUUUUCUGCCAAUCUUCAGCAGCAUUAAUGGUGUCUGUUAGACAUUAAAUAUUUUUUUAAUCAAAAUAUAAUUUCAAUAUUUAUAAUAUUUAAACUUUCAUUUUGUUAGCCAAUUUAUUAAUUUCAUUAUUCUGUGACACUGUAUAAUUUGCUAUAC